GUGUUCUCGCGGUAUUUAGCGGGAUUUUGAAUUUAAAACAGAGUUGACGUUAUUUCCGUCUCGCUUGUACACGAUUUCCGGAACGCACAGUUUCCGUUACGAGUUCAUUUACUAACCGGUUUUAUUCUCCUACACUGAGCUUGUAAAAUGUCUUCGGGUGUUUUAUCCCCGAGUGAGUCGGUGUCGGCUCAGGGUGUGUCGGUGUCGGCUCAGGGUGUGUCGGCUCCGGGCGGUACCGCGGGCUUCGUGAUCGGAGACUCGGUUUAUUCCGGAGUUUUGUUGGCUAUAGACAGCUCUGUGGUGCCGGAGGAGAAGCGCACAGACACUCCGUCUAUGAGGGACGGGCUGGAGCUCCACACCGAGACCGAGCUGAGGAUCCUGGGCUGUGAACUCAUCCAGUCCGCUGGGAUCCUGCUGAGACUCCCUCAGGUUGCAAUGGCCACAGGACAGGUUCUCUUUCAGCGCUUCUUUUACUCCAAAUCUUUCAUCAAACACAACUUUGAGAUCGUGGCCAUGGCAUGUCUGAAUCUGGCCUCUAAGAUAGAGGAAUGUCCCAGGAGGGUGCGUGAUGUCAUCAAUGUGUUCCAUCACCUGAAGCAGGGAGCAGGAAAGAGGAGUGCUCCACUGUUCCUUGAUCAGAAUUACAUCAACACCAAAAACCAGGUGAUUAAAUCUGAGCGUCGUGUGCUGAAGGAGCUCGGCUUCUGCGUCCAUGUCAAACACCCGCACAAGAUGAUCGUGAUGUACCUGCAGGUGCUGGAGUGUGAGAAGAAUCAGAUCCUGGUGCAGACGGCCUGGAACUACAUGAAUGAUGCGCUCAGGACCGACGUGUUUGUGAGGUUUGAACCAGAGACCAUUGCCUGUGCCUGUAUCUACCUGGCUGCUCGUGCUCUACAGAUUCCUCUCCCCACCAGUCCACACUGGUUCCUCCUGUUUGGAGCUUCAGAAUCAGAUAUCGGAGAAAUCUGUAUCAGCACACUGAAGCUGUACACCAGGAGAAAGCCGGACGUUGCUCAGUUGGAGAAGGUGUUGGAGAAGAAGAAGAUGUGUCUGGAGGAGGAGAAGCUGAAGGGAAAGUGUGUGAACUACAGCAUCACUCCAGCUCUCCACCACGCCAAUGCCUUCUCUCCUGCUUCCAAACCUGGUUCUCCCAGGGAGGUGAAGACUGAAGAAAAUGGUAAACAAGCGAGAGAGGAGAAAGAGAGACCCCUGAACUCCAACAGCACUAUCCCAAGUGCAAAAACGGAUGAUGGUGGAGUCUUGCCGAAUGGUCACACUACCUCAAGGAGGCGCUCUACAUCCCCCCACACCCGUCGGAGUCGCUCAGGAACCUACAGCUCUCCCAGCAGCCACAGUCCGUCGCCACAGCAACACAGAACCCGGAGGUCACCGCAAGUUAGGAGGGACAAGAGUCGCCAUGGAGACAGACGAAGACGCUCCCGCAGCGACUCGCUGAGCCGUCACCGUGACGACGGGAAACGCAAGCAGGAGCGAUGGGAGAGGAGAGAGCGGGAGAGGUCACAUGAUCGCGGGCGGUCGUGUGAUUACGGGGGUAAACGUGAGAGCAGAACACAUUCAGCACACUCUCGCCAUCGUAGGUGAACUUCCUGUCUGACUCUGUGGUCAGAGAGGAUGCUGAUUGGUUAUGUCAGAGAACCAGUGAGAAUGUAGAGGAGGCUGUAGCUAUGGCGCACGCUAGUUCUUACAGCCUGCAGGACGUUAGCUAAAUAUUUCUCUGCCUCACAGAUUACUGGCUAACAUUUAGCUACGUGUUUAACUUCUAGCUAGCUGGUGUAAUGUACAGGAGCCAUAAGAGGACACAAAGCAUGAACAAAUGUACAGUGAGUUACACUAAUGACAUGAAACAGAUACAUAACUCCGCCUCUUUAGCAUUCUCAGUGGUUGGUGCACAUAGUCAGUUAAAAUCCUUUCUGCCCUGAGGCUGGGUCUGGGGUCUGGUGGGCGGAGCUCCAGUUUUAGCUUUGGGUCUGUUACACAGAGGAAGGUUGAGGACUUGGAUUGGAAAGCAGGAGGCGGGGCUUAUUCACUACAGAGCUUCACAUUGAAGAGCUGAGAAAUAUCAGUGCCUUUGAUGCCCUUUUUUUUGUCAGACUUGAAUAAUGCAGGUACGUGUAUCAGGGAAAUGCACGUGUGCGCAUGUUAGUGCGUGUGUGUGUGUGAGGGGUGCGUGCGUGUGUGUGAGGGGUGCGUGCGUGUGUGUGAGGGGUGCGUGCGUGUGUGUGAGGGGUGCGUGCGUGUGUGUGAGGGGUGCGUGCGUGUGUGUGAGGGGUGCGUGCGUGUGUGUGAGGGGUGCGUGCGUGUGUGUGAGGG